GUGCCCCGGAAGCGGAAGUGCUGUCUUCGGGCUGUCAGAGUUGGUCUGUUACUCGGUGGUGGUGGACUCUACGGAAGCCGUUUUCGCUUCACUUUUACUGGCUCUGGAGCGCUUUCCCCCUGGCGGGUGGGAGUGCAGGGACGAAGGUGCGAGAUGAGCACUAUGUUCGCAGACACUCUCCUCAUCGUUUUUAUCUCUGUGUGCACGGCUUUGCUCGCAGAAGGCAUAACCUGGGUCCUGGUUUACAGAACAGACAAGUACAAGAGACUGAAGGCAGAAGUGGAAAAACAGAGUAAAAAAUUGGAAAAGAAGAAGGAAACAAUAACAGAGUCAGCUGGUCGACAACAGAAAAAGAAAAUAGAGAGACAGGAAGAGAAACUGAAGAAUAACAACAGAGAUCUAUCAAUGGUUCGAAUGAAAUCCAUGUUUGCGAUUGGCUUUUGUUUUACUGCCCUAAUGGGAAUGUUCAAUUCUAUAUUUGAUGGUAGAGUGGUGGCAAAGCUUCCUUUUACCCCUCUUUCUUACAUCCAAGGACUGUCUCAUCGAAAUCUGCUGGGAGAUGAUACCACAGACUGUUCCUUCAUUUUCCUGUAUAUUCUCUGUACUAUGUCAAUUCGACAGAUGUCUUCUUAAAGCACGAGCUAUAGUAUUGUGGAAUAACAUUCAGAAGAUUCUCGGCCUUGCCCCUUCACGAGCCGCCACCAAGCAGGCAGGUGGAUUUCUUGGCCCACCACCUCCUUCUGGGAAGUUCUCCUGAACUCAAGCAGAACUCUUUAGUUUCUAUCAUUCUUUCUAGACACACGCACAUCAGACUGGCAAAUGUUUUUCAGCAAGAGCCACAGGUAGCCUUACUACUUGGGCCUCUUUCUAGUUUCGAAUUAUUUCUAGGCCUUUUGGGUAUGAUUAGAGUGAAAAUGGCACCCAGCAAACUUGAUAGUGCUUUUGGUCCUAGAUGAUUUUUAUCAAAUAAGUGGAUUGAUUAGUUAAGUUCAGGUGAUAUUUAUGUAAUGAAAAGCAAAUAGCAUCCUUCUUGUUUCAUUUACAUAAGUAUUUUCUGUGGGACCGACUCUUAAGGCCCUGUGUAUGCCCUGCGAGUUGCUCUCUAAGCGCAUUUAGAGAUUUAGAAGAAAAAUUUAGUUUGUAUAACCCUUAAUUGUAACUGUUUGUUUUGUUGUUGUUUUAUUUCAAGCCAAAUAUAUGACAUAAGAUCAAUAAAGAGGCCAAAUUUUUAGCUAUUUUAUGUACAAGGAGAGAUCUGUUUCAUUUUGUUUUGCCAUAUUUCUAGAUGUAAGUUUUAGCAUGGGCCAGGAAGGACUAAAAUAAAAGUUUUUAAAGUACUGUAGUUUUUGCCAUACUUGACUCAUAUACUCAAAAUACAGACUUGUCCUAGUGUAGGAAUUGGAAAGCAAGAGUGGAAAGGAACGUAAUAACUCAUGGGAGUUUAAAAAUGAGGGUCUUGGCAAGUAACACUGAUGUCUGAAAAAAAAAUUAAAUAUAAAUAAAUAAAUAAAAAUAAGGGUC